AUGCGCGGCUCAUCGAGGCAGGCCUCCACGAGGCGGCGGUGGUUUCUGUACCCCGUUCUGGCCGCUCUGAGUUACUGCCUCUUGACCACUCCGUCGUCGGCGGCCUAUCACGACGACGGCGACUACGGUGCGGUGAACACCGAGGCGACGGACGCGGUUCACAGCCCAGAGGACCCCCUCGCGGACGUCUACAUCGAGGACUAUUGGCGGCGGAUGGGUUGGAGAGACAGCACGCGCAGCCACGAAGGCCCGAGCAGGCCUCCGGGGUCGCGGAGGGGGUGGGCGCGCUUCUCCACGCCCGCCGGUCGGGCAGCUGGUCAGAAGAAGAAGAAAAUUCUGGGCGCACUGCUGACGCUGGCUGCAGUCGCCGUCGUCGCUGCCGUGAUGUACGGCGGGAUGCGGUACUACCGCCGCUCGAGGGAGCAGGACCCCGAAGAGUCCUUCUCUUCAGAGAGCCCGCCGAUGACGCCCACGCCGCCUGCGUCUCCUCCAUUUCGGCGCGAAUCGCUCUUCGUGGAUCGGCUGUAUUUUGACAGCGCGCCUCCCAAAGCAGGCGCAGAAGACACCUACGCACUCACGCACAUGAACAACCUGAAGGUGACCUUCUUUGGGGCCUCCGACGGCCCCAGUGGGCUGACGCCUCUGUACGACCCGAGGCCCUCAAAGCGCAUCGCCACAGUCGACGCGGGUCACAACGACUUGUGGAUUGGAGGCGGCGGCGUGAACGGCGCCUUCGCCGCGAUGCUCCGAAACAGGGGAGCUGAAAACAACCUCGAGCUGAACGCGUCCACCAUCAGGGAAGACAGCGCGAAGGUGCAGAGAGAGCUGCUGGAGCGCGCCGUCGCGAACCCGGGCACUCUGGUCCACAUGCACACUGGGAAGACCUCGCCUCUCUUCCAAGAUUCGUUCGCCUAUGUGCGCUUCGCCCCCGGAGUCGCUUGGCAAGAAUCCGAAACGGGGAAAAACGUCGGCGUCGCCUUCCUCCACCUCCUGAAACCCUCCGUGACUCCCUACGGCGCCGCUGAAAACAACGUCAUGCUCUACACCGUCGCCCCGCGCGGCUCUGCCAAUGACGAAGACUACGCGUCAGCGUAUGUGGCUACGAUUGAUCACCUCUAUGGAGCUGUGACAAUGUUCAACAAAACUCCGCUUGGGCAAGCGAAUCGGAUCGCCGGCAUUCGCCUGCCAGUUCUCGGCGGCGGAAUAUUCAGAGGCGCGCGCUCGCUGGACUCGCUUGGAGAGCUGAACGCCGCUGGGGCGGGGGAAGCCGCGGCGCACUACGGCGCGUCCCUCGAGCUGCAGUACAUGUACGACAACACGAAUUCAGUAUUCACUGCCUUCAAAGACUAUGAAAGCAAGUAG